UGUCAUUUGUCAAGAAAAAAAUAACAACUGUCAAUAUAUGUUUAUUAUUUUCCGUCGUAGUUGUUCAGCGUUUAAAAUUGCGAAAGCUUUGAAACGGUGGUGUUUAUUAUAAACAUUAACUUGACCAUAUCUCGUCUAUGAACAAAGAAACAAGAUGCCCGCCCCAAAACAACGCAAAAUCGCCGUGAUGGGCUACAGGUCCGUGGGAAAAUCCUCUUUGAGCAUACAGUUCGUCGAAGGUCAGUUUGUGGACUCGUACGACCCUACGAUAGAGAAUACGUUUACGAAAACGGUUCGGAUCAACUCUCAAGACUACGAAAUCAAACUUAUGGACACGGCUGGCUUGGAUGAGUACUCGAUUUUUCCCUCCCAGUACAGCAUAGACGUUCACGGAUAUGUUUUGGUCUACAGUAUUACAAGCCAGAAAUCGUUUGAAGUGGCUAAAUCUAUUUACGAUAGACUGUUGGAUAUAACAGGAAAAAUCCAGGUACCUGUUGUCCUUGUAGGAAACAAAACAGAUCUUCAUUUAGAGAGACAAGUAUCGUCUGCUGACGGGAAGAAACUAGCCGAAGAGUGGAACGCGAUAUUUCUAGAAACUUCAGCGAAAGAAAACCUGUCAGUUUCCGACGUGUUUCACUUAUUAUUAACUGAAAUCGAGAAAGCUAACGGCAUUGUAGGUGAUAAAUCAAAUUGUUCAAUCUCUUAAAACUACUGUUAAGAAUUUAGGUAUGAACUAGUCGAUAAGUGCAAAUAUAUUUUGUGGAUGAAAGUUUGUUGGCAGUAUCUAAUGAGUGGUUAAUCUAUAAACAGGGUGUUUUUAACAAAUAAGAAAUAAGAUUUACUUAAUAUUACAUGGGUUUGUAAAUGUCAUGUAUGUAUGGUUUGUUUCUGUUUUCGAAUAUUUAAGGACACCACUUUACAUGUUCUUUUUAUGUUGGUUAUAUUAUUAUUUAUAUAUUUUUUUUCAUUUGUUCGUUAUUACAAGCUUCUAAAAAAAUUCUUCCUGUUUAUGAGAGAAUUGUUAAAUGUGAUAUAAUUGGUGUGUGCUUAUACGUCUAUUCAAGUAUGUACCUAUGUAUAAUUUUCUAAAAAAUAACUAUUCAGUUGUAUAAGCAUAAGAAUUAAUUUAUUGCAUGGUAGGCCAAGAAUUUUAUCUUUUUUCUGUACAAUGUUCUAGGUUAGUCGAUUGUAUAAAAACAAAUUUCAGUGUAGCUGAUUGUAAUUUACCCUAUGAUCAAGUGGGCUUUGACUUGUGUCAUUGACUCAUAUCAAAGCACACUUGAUUGUAUUGUACAGUGUUAGUUUAUACUGUCGUCACCCUUUUUAUAGUAAAUUUUUUAUAGGUAAAUUGUCAGUUAUAUUGUAAUUUCCUCAAAUGUAUAUGUCAUUUAUAAUGAGUGUUUUUAAAUGUACCUAUACAUUCUAUAUUUUGUCACCUAAUUAACUAUGAGUGUUUAGAUAAAAAUUUGAACUAAAAUAAUAUUUGUAAAUUUAUUUUUGAUCAAUAUGUAGUUAGAUCUUCUAAAAGAAAGUGUUAAUUGUCUAAAAUAAUUAUUAUAUUCAUAAUAUAUAUUAUUGUAUAUCAAGUUUCUGGUUCAUGAUUUCAUUGAAAACUAAUUUGUAGGUGGUGAAUCACAGUUUAAACAGUGUAUAUGUUACUAUAUAGUUUUAUAAUUAUGUGAAUAUGUUAUAUUUUAUUAAUAAAGUUGCCACACAUUUGA